AGGAAAUGUUGUGGGUAUGGAACUUCUACAGUUUGAUGAGAGUUGUGUAUGCCUUAUUGCUGUUGGCAACAUUAAGAUCCUCAUCAAUUUCAAGAAAUUAGUUCGAUAAUCUUAUUUAUUUAUUUUAGUCAUUUCAAAUUGUGUCUAUUGCCAAAUUACAAACAUAUAGUUAACAUAAACAUAUAGUUAACAUAAAGUUCUUCCCAUUAUCUAAGGUUGGACACAAAUUUUCUCACUUCGUAUUUUGUCACAUCAGAUGCUGUCAUUAUCUAAGGUUUUGACAGAAUGCCACGAUAUUAUAAAACAUAACUACUGUUAUUUAGAUGGGUUCCAUUUGAAAUUGCAAGACCGCUACUUGAAAGAAAUUCUUAUGUUGUCCUAUGACAUUAUAAUUUGCAAUGGUAUCCAAGCACACUAGUCCCGUUGAAAGAUUUGACACUGAUACGCCUGGUUGUGCCCCUAGUGAAGAUUCAUCUGAUGAAGACAUUGAUGAAGUUAACUUCUGCUAUGAAGAUACAGAUAUGGGUGUAGAGGAUGAGCCAAGUUUCCUAGCUGGUAGUGCACCAGUAGCUGAUGACUCUCAAGACUACGAUGUUGGUAACAUUGUGCUCGAUGUAAAGGGUUUGUGUGUGCAGUUCAAGCGACCGACUGCUUCAGGUGGUCUCCGUCAGCUUUCACUUGAAGCCCUUGAGCCUGAACAAAUAUGUUGCAUCGCCAAAUUAUUCGUCAGGAAAUGAGAUGAAUGAGGCAGGAGGCAAUGACCAGUGAGCCAGCUCAGGACCAUGGCAGUACAACCCGAAGACUUACUUUAGUUUACCUUUUCGCAUAAUCUAGUAGCUGUUUGUUUGUAAAUAAAUUCAGG